UCUCAUCUUAAUUCUCUCUUACUCCCCUCAACUACUACGCGUGUGUGUAUAUAUGUAUUCUUGUUCCACUCCGGAUUCUCUCCCUGCCUAUAAGCAGAAGUCGGCGCCGAGAGUGAAGAAUGAGCUGCAACGGCUGCCGCGUCCUCCGCAAGGGCUGCAGCGCGGGCUGCGCCAUCCGGUCGUGCCUGCAGUGGAUCCGCAGCCCCAACUCCCAGGCCAAUGCCACCGUCUUCCUCGCCAAGUUCUACGGCCGCGCCGGCCUCCUCAACCUCAUCUCCUCCUGUCCCCUCCACCUCCGCUCAUCUAUUUUUCAGUCGUUGUUAUAUGAGGCCUGCGGUCGGGUUCUAGACCCGGUCUGUGGGUCCGUCGGCCUGCUGUGGUCCGGCAAUUGGCAACUCUGCCAAGCCGCCGUUGAGGCCGUCUUGAAAGGCGUGCCAAUCACGCGAACGCCCGCAACGUUGUCCGGCGGCGGGGUCCCGCCACUCAAGACCUACGACAUCCGCCACGUGGCCAAGAACACCGACCGGCUUGGUGCCGCCGCCAAGUCCCGGUCCCGGUUCAAGCGGUCCGGAUCGGCACGCCGCAAGCCCGAAGUGGAACUCGUUGACUGGACCGAGUUUCACCCGGCCGAGCCGAGCCACGAAUCGGACCGGGAAAGUGAUAGCAAAGGUGGUCCGGUCGGGUCCGCCGACGGUUCGCAUGUGAGCCAAGCCGAGCCGAUACGAGCCAAGCUGGUGCUCGGCGUGGAGGAGAAUUGCGGCGUGGCCUUGGAUCUCAGCUUGAGCCUUCUCACAGCGGUUCAACCCGCCUGACCGGGAGCCGGUCCGGUUGAGCCGGACCGCUGGUCCAGUGAGGACCAAUUAAAAUAUGACACGCGUCCACCGGAGCGCCCUGUUUUACUAAUUAUUUCCAUAUGUUGAACUUUUAUUUUAAUUUUUGUUAGCUGCCUCUCAAAAAUGAUUUGGUUUGUGGAGAAUGAUUAUGAUCAACACG